CAGAUUAAAUUUGAAAUAAAUACUACACAUCCAGAGAGUCCACACAUGAAUCAACAUACUGAAUGAGAACAACUUGCUUCCAUUUGAGGAACUAACUCAGGCUGCCAUGCUCAACGUGUUAAUAAUAGGAGGAGGGCCUCAUGCCUUGACCUUGGCCUGCUUGCUGUCCAGCCAUGACCCUGAUCUAAACUCUGACAGUGGACUCAACCCAUCCACCCCCCCCUACCACUCAGACCCACACAAGUCUCAGCCAAGACCCAAUCCAUCCAGCAACAGACGCUGCAGGUCCAAGAGGAAGAAGAGGGCCACAGUUGCCCAGACACCAGAGGAGCAACUUGGAAAGUUAACAACACCAGAAAGGGUCAUUUGCCCUCCGCUUAGUCUCGGAGUUGUGGAUACAUAUGGAGAUUGGACCGCUCUGUGGGAGAGCCAGUUUGCAGCUUUGAACAUCCCCCACCUGCGCUCACACACAUUGGUGCACACAGACCCUUUCAACAAGAAGGCACUUCAGGAGUUUGUUUUAAAGUGUGAGCGUUCAGCUGAGCUUCAUAGUCUCCCAGACCGUGUUUAUAUCCUGGAUGAAAACGCUUUCUUCAAUGACAUGCGGCUCGGCAAAAAGGAGAGGAAACGUCUGAACAUCAGCUCCACACUGAAGAAGAGUUUAUCCUUCAGUCUGCCCGGAACAAAACUUAGUGUGGAUUUCUUUAAGGAGCAGGUGGAGAGGUACCAGUUGGGCAAAGUUCUGGUGAAGGGAACAGUGGAACGCAUCACUCCAGUAACUGAGGAGAAAGAUGAGGAAGGAGAGCAGGAAGCAGAUGGUGAAGCCACCAGAGCUUCUGAGGGGAAGAUCGUUGGAGCCAAGAAGCCAGUGAAAUAUUUUUCAGUCCGCCUUCAAAAAGGUGAUAUCAUAAAGGCUCGUCGGGUUGUUAUGGCGACAGGUCCGACCCGUGCCCAGAUGGCAAACAUCCCUACAUGGGUGAGAAACAUUGAGGAGAGCUAUCCAGAGCAGCGUUUGCAGCACACCAUCCAUCUCAUGCACCAGUUGCCAAACUCUAAGCAAAAGCUCGGAGGUGCAAAUUGUCAGAAGCAUGAAGGGACCAUUUCUACUCAAGGAUUGUAUGUAGUGUGUGAGACAGGGCAGAGGGUAAUGGUAGUUGGUGGAGGACUGACCAGCGCUCAUGUCAUCUCAAUUGCCCUGCAGCAAGGGGCCAGCCAUGUGACAUGGGUCAUGAGAAAGCACCUGCAGCUGAAACAGUUUGAUGUGGGCGAUGUGGAGAGCCUGGUGGGUCGAUACUCCCAUGUGGAGCAUGGUAUCAAGAUGGAUGGCCAAGCCUACCUACGGCAGUUCUACAAUGAACGGAGUCUCCACAAACGGCUAGCCAUGAUUCAGCAGGCAAGGAAAGGAGGGGCAGUUACCCCAGAGGCCUACAUCCACCUAAAACCAUUCAUAAUGAACGGAAAAGUGGAAGUAAAGACAUAUUGUCAGGUGAGUGAAGCCAACUGGUGCUACAGGAACCAGGCCUGGAGUCUGGCUCUCAGCACUGGGGACCUCUGGACAGGAGAUAUGAUCUGGCUUGCCACCGGCUGCAAGCUUGAUGUUAAACAAGACCCCUUGCUUACUGAUGUGAUGAAAGUAUUUCCAAUUCAAGUAAUAGAUGGAUGGCCGUGCAUAACAGAAAGCUUACAGUGGACAGAUGAGUGCCCGCUCUACCUGAUGGGACAGUACACCGCUCUUCAGGUUGGACCUCAUGCAGUAAAUCUGGCUGGUGGACAGGCUGCCAGCAUGCGAAUCGCUAGAGACCUCUUCCACCGUCAGCAACAGGACAACAGACAUGCUUCUGACACAAAGGGGGACAAAUUGAAAACUGAAGAUUAUAUCCAACAGAUGCAAGGACUGUUGUGGCUUUAAUGUCACCGUUCACUCCAAGAAACUCAUAACCUCUUUUGUGUACGAGCGUGUUAUUGUUGAACUUGAGUCUUUCAAUGAAUUUUGUGAAUACAUGUGUUUGAGAGUUUUGUUUUGUUUGUAUGUCUUUUGGGGGGCGAGAUAGCUCACUUUGAGUAUGUGACCCAUGUA